AAGGCCAAAUUGCUUCGAAGCUUUGUAUUAUUCUAAUCGACACCUCAAUAGUUUUCUUCUUCUGUACUGGUUUUGCGAUUUGUCAGUUUCCUCUUUCUUGUUGAUUUUUUUUAAAACCGUUUUGGUUGUCUUCUAUUUCCUAACAGACCUGGUUAUUCUAUAAUCUUCCUAUCUUGUUCUCUUACCCUAUUUACAAAAUUACUUUCAAAAAUUACUCAUACCGUUGAAACCCUUUUAACAAUUGUCAAAUCUGAACAAGAUUUUAGUUUCAAUCUUGGAUCUUGGGUCAAGAAAAAACAUGGGUUUUGGUUUAUUUGUGCUGAUAGAAAUGAAGCCAACAGUUUUGUUCUUGGCAUAUUGAGAAAUUACUUCAAAUUGCUCAAUAAUGUUGAAACCCUUUUAACUAUUAUCAAAUCUGAUACCAGUUUUUUGGUUUCAAUCUUGGAUUUUGGGUCAAGAAAAAAUAUGGGUAUUGGUUUAUCUGUGCUGAUAGCAAUGAAACCAACAGUUCUGUUCUUGGCAUGUUGAGAAAUUACUACAAAUUUCUCAUACUGUUGAAAUUUGAAAAUAAUCAAACCUGAACCAAAUUUUUAGUUUCAAUCUUGUAUUUUGAGUCAAGAAAAAACAUGGAUUUUGGUUUAUCUGUGCUGAUAGCAAUGAAGGCAACAUUUCUGCUCUUGGCAUUUGCAUACCUUAGAACCCUUGGCUUCACAUUGUUGUCACUACCCUUAUUAUAUGCCUCUUUGGUGUCUAUGUUGCUCUCAAUUGCUUCUCACCCACUCCUUAAUCUUCCAAUGCUUUUGGGUAAAAACCCAGAUGGGACAUUCCCAAUUUGGUCAUUGAUUAUGUUCAGUCCAUAUCUGUAUUUUGUCCGAGGUUUCUCGGUGUUGCGAAGACUGUGGAGUAGGAAAGCUCCUUACAGUGAAAUUUGUGAGGGUUUGUAUGUUGGAGGGUGGCCUUACUCACCUGAAAAAUUGCCUCCUGGUAACCCUGCUAUUGUUGAUUGUACUUGUGAAUUGCCUAGGAAUUUGGAGUUUUCAGGACAUGCAUAUUUGUGCAUUCCAACUUGGGAUACGAGGGCUCCUCAGCCACGUGAAAUUGAAUCCGCGGUCUGGUGGGCUUGUAGGAAGAGAGCUCAGAAAAUACCAAUCUUCAUUUACUGUGCAUAUGGUCAUGGACGAAGCGUUGCGGUGAUGUGUGCACUGUUGGUAGCCCUAAAUGUGGCAGAAGAUUGGAAAAAUGCCGAGAAAUUAAUUCGAGAUAAGAGGCCUUAUAUUCAAAUGAAUUCUCUUCACCGUAAAGCCUUGGAUGAAUGGUCAAUGAACCGGUUGUCUGCUCCCAAAAGGGAGGAAGAAGUUGGUGUAAGUUCUGAAAUUUUUCUAAUGCUUCUGGACAUUCUCAAUCGGAUAGGCCACAUAGAAAACUUUGAUUGGCUAUUCUCCAUUUCCAUUUACUUUUAGUUCUUAUCUUCCAUCUGUUUGCUAGGAAGGAUUUUAUUGUUGACAUUACCUUUCUGUAUAAAUUGGUUAUGAAAUAUGAUUUUGUUGUUCUUUAUUGCUUCAA